AUGAACAAGACAAACACGCAUGCAACUAACUGGAUCCGCAUUAUUAUUGAAAUAGAUCAUCGUCCUUUGCAAAAUUUUCACAAAAAUUAUAAAUUAAACAACAAACGUAUCAACAUGUGGCUAAUCAAAUAUCAGGAUUUAUUACCUAAUAUUCAGCUUAUCAACUAUAAAAAAGGAAAAACGAAUGGCGAUGCUGAUACUAUGAGCCGACCUGACCUUGCUCACAUACUGGCAACACUUAUGAUUCCCAACUUAUCAUCAUCACCUCCACAAUUAAAUGUUACCACCCGCUCUAUGACAAAAGCAACAGCCUCAACAUCAACAGCGACAUGUCCUACACUGCCUGUUGCUAUCCCCCAUCCCACGUCGUCUCUUCCACCAGAUUUCAGUGUCGAUCGAAUUAAACGAACUCAACAUAGCGAUCCUACACUAUAUGAAACCAUCCAACAAAUACUCGUCGAUCCUUCGUCUCAUCCUACAUUAAUCGUUAAAGACAAAAUUUUAUACAAAAUUCUGUCAACUCGUCGAAAUACAAAUCACAAGCUUUUAUAUGUACCACCUGUAUUAGUAACCGAGAUAUUAGAAGCUUAUCAUGAUCAUCCGACAGCUGGUCAUUUUGGUACCAGACGCACAUAUCAGAAAUUAAAAACUCGCUACUUCUGGCCUAAAAUGAAAUCAUCCAUCGAUAAUCAUAUCGCCUCUUGUACAAAAUGUUCAAAAUUUAAUAUUCGUCGCACAAAAACUCCAGGAAAACUUUUACCGAUCGAGCCACCGCAAGGCGUUAUGGAGAUACUCGGUAUGGACUAUUGGGGUCCGACAACACCAACAACCAACGGCAACCGUUACGUGCUAGUUAUUACCGACUAUCUGUCCAAAUUUGUCAUAGCUAAAGCAACACCAACCAAUACUGCUCAAACAACCGCCCAGAUCCUUGUUGAUGAACUCAUCUUCAGAUAUGGAGUACCACAUCGUCUUAUCACAGACAAUGGUGUCCAUUUCAACAACGAUCUCCUCAAAGCACUAGCGGCAAAGAUAGGUUUUCAUCACAUAAAAUCAACUCCUUAUCAUCCUCAAACAAACGGC